AUACUCUGGAAAUGGUACGUACUUUGGAAUUUACUAUAGGCAAGAUUGGCAUUUCCGGUGACAACAAACUUGAUCAGACAAGAAAACAAAGAAUAUACAAUAAUUAUCCGUAAUCAUCGUUUAUAUAAAAAUGACGGCUGUUCCAGCAAAGAUAGUGCUAAAAAGCACAACAAAGGUGACCCUGAGUGAUAGAUUCACACAGAUACAGAAGAUGAGACCACCACCACCUACGGCACAGGAGGUUCGAGCAACUAUGCAAGCAAACCAGCAGAGCACGCAGCAGAACCGAAGACUUGCACAACAAAUGGCAAACAGACCGGCUGUACAGGCUGCUCUAGGCAUGCCUCAACGUCAGAAGAAACAACAGGUCUUUCAACAACAGAAGUCCCUAAAACAAAGACUAGGUCCAACCAAUGUUAAAGCACGGCUGUCUCUUGGUAACAAUUCUAUGAGAGGUAGAUCAAGAGGUGGGAGGCGUGGUGGUUUUAGAGGUGGGCGUGGCCAACAAAUGAAUGGUUCAGGUAGAGGUGAAAUGCGUGGAGGCAUGAGGGGGCGUGGUGGUUUCAAUAACAGAGGCAGAGGGGGAUUUUCACCCAGAUGGCAAGAUGACGAUCGUCGUCCACGAGGUCGUGGGGGUUUUGGUCGUCCUGGAGACGGACAAUUAUCAAGGGGAGCUACAUUUUUUCGAGGAGGCAGAGGAGGACGUGGUAACAGAGGAGGUGGAGGUGGUGACCGAGGAUUUGGGCGUGGCCAGAGAGGAGGACGUGGUCGGGGUGGAAUGCGGGGUCGUGGCCGAGGUGGAAUGAGGGGAGGAGCAAAUAAGCAAGGCUUCUCAAAAGAACAAUUAGACAACCAAUUAGAAGAAUACAUGUCGAAAACAAAGUCCCAUUUAGAUUCUGAACUUGAUGCCUAUAUGGCAGAGGCAGAUCAGUGAACAUCGUUUACAAUAUCACAUUAGUUA